AGCAGCUGAACAGAGACGUCGCGACGCGGGUCCGUUCGAGACGAACCAGGAGCCAAGCGAGAUGGCCAACUUCAAGGGGCACGCCCUCCCUGGGAGCUUCUUCCUGCUCUUCGGCCUCUGGUGGUCCGUGAAGCACCCCCUGCAGCACUGCUGGAAGAAGCGGCAGCCGGGGCCCCGGCCUAAGCUGCCGUCCUUCUUCAACAGGAUGGACUUUGUUGAGGGGGUCCUCAAGGUCUUCUUUGCGUUUGUCGGCAUCAUGGCAGAGCAGUUCGUGCCAGAUGGGCCACAUGCCCACUUGUACAGCACUAAGGAGCAGGCUUGGGUGAAGCUGAUGAACUGGCAGCACAGCACCAUGUACCUGUUCUAUGGCAUCUCUGGAAUAGCUGACAUCCUCAGCAUGUCAUCCCUCCCAGUACCACAGGGGAUUGACCGUCUUGGCCUCUCUCUUGCUCUCUUUGUAGAAGGGUUCCUUUUCUACUUCCAUGUGCACAACCGCCCAUCCUUGGAUAAGCACAUUCACUCCCUGCUUCUGGUGGCGGUGUUUGCUGGGUCAGCCAGCACCUUCCUGGAGGUCUUCAAGAGGGACCAUCCUGUGCUGGAGCUUUUUAGGAGCAGCGUGGCCAUCCUCCAGGGAACAUGGUUCUUCCAGAUUGGCUUUGUGCUGUUCCCCUUCAAUGGGCCAGAGUGGGACCAAGAGCUACACGACAACAUCAUGUUCAUCACCAUGUGCUUCUGUUGGCAUUACGCUGUUGCCUUGGUGAUCAUCGCCAUCAGCUACACCUUUGUCUGGUUAGGUGUGCAGAGGUUUGUAGCGAGACAGAGGGGUGACACGGAGAUCGGCUUGAGGAAGACUUCCAAGUCCAACGACGCAAGUUCCCAGAAGGCCCUGCUCCAGGACUCGGACGAAGAGUGAAGGCACGACGA